AGAAUAUUAGCUGUACAGUUUUCUUUCUUUCUUUUUUGUUCCUUGUCAAUUAUUAGUCAAUUAAUUAGAUCGGAGAACAAUCAAUCAAAUGGAGUUAGGGGAACUGUGGGCGAUCUUCGGUCCCGGCGUCGCUGGCGCAGUGUUCGGUGCCGGCUGGUGGUUUUGGGUCGACGCCGUCAUAUGCAGCUCCGUCAAUGUCUCUUUCGUCCACUAUUUACCUGGAAUAUUUGCUUCUAUCGCGGCUUUGAUGUUCAAUUGCGUUAGGAAAGAGGAUAUUGAUUACUCUCCUUAUGAUGAAGGCGAGUGGAGGUUGAAGCUCUGGCUUUUCUUUGCUUAUGUUGUAUCCUUUGUCUCACUAGCUGCUUCAGUUGGCCUCUUGAUACAAGACUCACUAGUGAAAUCUGGUCCUUCAAUGUGGACGGGUACUGCAGGCAUCUUACAGUGUGUGUUUGUCUUAAUCAGUGGGCUGAUAUAUUGGACUUGUCACUCAGAAUAACACAUAUAUAUACAACCUAAUCCGCCAGUUUGGAGCCUGAGACUUGAGAAGUGAGGUAUCCUUUGUAAUUAAUCAAUGGUUUAAGAUGGUUAGAAAAUUGUUUCACUUUCAUAAAUAUUGUAUUCUACUGUCAUGAGUUUGAUUAUGAAAGAAGGAUUGAUCCUCUUCCCAUUUGGAUA